UUGAGAAUUCAGUCAGAUCUCGUAUUUUCGAAUAGCUCAUUUCUCGCUUGAAAUUAGUGAAUCAAUCACAAACAGUUUACUCUUAUAUACUACAUACAUUGAAAUAUUUGCACUCGUGAUAAUAUCGGCUUGAUCAAUCAUCCACAAUACCCAACUUGUUCGGAACGAGUCGACGGUGACCGACUUCAUUACAUCACGCUCUAUGUACCAUGCGAACUUGCGAACACACUCUUAUUAGUUUAUUGAAUCUUUAACAGUUCAUAGGUUGUUAAGUAAUAGUGUGAUGAGUGUAUCAGCGGUACUAAAUAGGUAUUUAUACAACAAACCUUGAAAAUGAUCUUUACGAUUUUGCCGCUAAUUUUAUCGACAGUUUUUCUGCUCACGAAUAAACGGUACAGAUGGCUUUAUAUUCUGUACAAGACUUUAGGACGUGAUAUACGAGCAGGAAUAAGAUUUACUUUCGUUAAUUUCUACCUAUGGCGGUACCAACAAACUAGGCAAACCGUACCCAAACUCUUCACAAAACUCGUCUCGAAACAUCCAAACAAAGCAGCUUUCUACUUCGAAGACGAAGUGUGGACAUUCCAAGACGUAGAAAAAUACAGUAACAAAGUAGCGCACUACUUUAAGAAGGAGGGCUUCCAAAGAGGAGACACUGUGGCCCUUUUGCUCGAAAACAGACCUGAAUACGUAUGCAUAUGGCUCGGUUUAGGCAAAAUUGGGGUCGUUACAGCCCUGAUCAACCACAACCUUGUUGCCGAUCCGUUAGUACAUUCGAUAAAUGUGUCGUCUGCCAAGGCUGUGAUUUAUGGAGCUUCGUUAAAGAAAGGAAUCAAAGAUAUUUGUAGCAGGAUAACAAAUACAAAGUUGUACGAAUUGGGUGAGCAAAAAGAUCGUACUGAAGUGUUGGAUGGUUCUGUGGAUCUUAGUAGACAGUUGGAGAAGCAGUCGGAUGCCUCCCCUGUUAAAGAUUUAGAGAAAGGAGUGCCUCAAGAUAGGCUAGUGUUUAUUUAUACAUCGGGUACUACAGGACUUCCGAAAGCAGCUGUUAUCACAAAUAUGAGAUAUUUGUUUAUGGCGUUGGGUCUUCAUUACAUGACGGCACUCGAAGAGGAUGAUAUUGUCUACGACCCUUUACCACUCUAUCAUAGUGCUGGUGGGAUAGUAGGGAUCGGACAGUCUGUUGUUAGAGGAAUUUCGGUGGUCAUUAGGAGGAAGUUUUCUGCUUCUAACUUCUGGAACGAUUGUGCCAAGUAUAAGUGCACGGUAGCUCAAUACAUCGGCGAAAUAUGUCGCUACAUCCUGUUAGCCCACACCAAAGACAAAGAAGUCAUAUCUCACUCCGUCAAAAAAAUUAUAGGAAAUGGUCUAAGACCCCAAAUUUGGAAACAAUUCAUCAACAAAUUCAAUGUUAAACAAGUAUACGAAUUCUACGGUGCAACCGAAGGCAACUCUAACUUAAUCAACAUCGACAGCAAAGUCGGUGCCGUAGGUUUCAUUCCAAGAUACGCCACCUUUCUGUACCCCGUAACCCUUAUCAAGUGCAACGAAGCCACAGGAGAUCCAAUCCGAGGAAGCGAUGGCUUUUGCAUGAGCUGCAAACCUGGCGAAGUCGGAAUUUUGCUGGGCAACGUCAACGCGAAGAAAGCCAUCAAUGAAUUCACCGGAUACGCUGACAAGAAAGCCACCCAAAAGAAACUAAUCGAGAACGUGUUCAAAAAAGGGGAUCUCUACUUUAACUCAGGCGAUGUUUUGGUACAAGACGAGCUGGGGUACUUUUACUUCAAGGAUAGAACUGGGGAUACUUUUAGGUGGAAGGGCGAAAACGUCGCCACUUCUGAAAUUGAGGCUGUUAUUAGUAACGUGGUUAACUUGAGUGAUGCUGUGGUGUAUGGUGUUGAGAUACCCGGUACCGAAGGUCGUGCUGGUAUGGCAGCUAUUGUCGACACCACGGAUAGUUUAGACAUGGCGAAACUUUGUAAAGGUUUGAAAGAGAAUCUACCUUCGUACGCCAUCCCAUUGUUUGUAAGGGUGAUGACUGCGGUGCCUUUGACUGGUACUUUCAAGUUGAAGAAAACCGAUCUUCAACAAGAUGGUUUCAACAUACAAAAAAUCAAAGAUAAAUUGUUCCUAUAUGAUGCUAAAAACGUAACAUACGUACAACUAAGUAAUGAAAAAUACGAUGACAUUAUGAGUGGAAAGAUCAGACUUUGAGUAGAUUUUUUUUAAUAAAUUUUAUUACUGUUGUUACAUUUC